GGCAGCCACCCCUUGCUCCACGGCAACCAUCACCUCCAGCCCGCCGCCGCCACGCUCGCUUACGCGUGGGACUACCCCUUGGACGACCACGCCGGUGGCGGCGGCGACCAGCUGGACUGCUGCUUCUCCACGGCGUCGGAGCUCAGGCGGGCUCUGGUCCGCGCGCUGGCCGAGCUCGACGCGGCGCGCGCCGCGCACCAGGCGGAGCUCCGGCGCAUGGAGUCCGAGGCCGCGCGGCUGGCCGCGCUCGUAGCGUCCGCGGCAGCCGAGCGCGACGAGCUCCGGCGGCACUGCCACUCCCUCCUACUCCUCCUCCACCACCAGGCUCAGGCGACACCGCCUCAGAGCCUCCACGCCGGCGUCCUUGCAGGAGGAGGAGUAGGAGGCGCCGCUGUCUUGGACGAACACGCGCCGGACGCCGUCGCAUGCGCCGACGACACGGAGCUGGAAAUGGCGCUCGCGCGGCGGCUGCCGGAGCAGGGCCGUUUAGUGGAGGCCGUGGUGUCGGCUGGCCCGCUCCUCCAGACGCUGCUCGUCGCCGGCCCGCUCCCGCGGUGGCGCCACCCGCCGCCGCCCGCGCCGGCCGGCGGCGCCAACAUCCCGCCGUUCAACCCCGGCCGCCUGAGCCCUCUCAAGGCCGACGCCUCAAACUCCUCGUCAGCCUCGGCGGGGUCAUCGUCGCCGGACAGCAACUGCAGCGGUGGGCCGCAGGCGCUUCCGUCGUUUGACAUGAGCCCCUUCUGCAUGUAG